GCAUACGAGUGCAGCUGAGAGGCAAAGCGCACGCUGAGUGGAAGGUGACACGCAGCGGGGAGCGAAGAUCGACGAAGGACGAUCAGAACUUUCUGGACCAGAAGGCGAUCAUAUGGGGGCGAGACAAAACGGAAGAGGUGGGUAACAUACCGAUCCUGUUGAAGGGGAAUCACAGGAUUUCCUUCAAUUUCCCACUUCCCGAGACUAGCCUACCGGGAUCCUUCGAGAGCAGGUUGGGUACGGUGCGAUAUUGGAUCAAGGCUGUGCUAGACAUUCCUUACGCGUCACCGCCGCAAGGAAUGAAAUAUUUUACCAUAAUUGGACCCUACAUUGACUGCAUGGACGAGAGAUACUUG